GAGUUCUUCACUGAGGAUCUGUGGCAGACUUUGCCCGUCAGCUGGCAGCCGGCGCUGCAGGACCUGACGUACCCUCAGAUCGCAGACCUGUUACUGGACGCUGCACAUGGAGAGCGCAAAUACCCCUCGGUGUGGCCUUUGUCCCUCUUGGCGUUCAGGGCCACGGCUCACGCUCUGGCGUUUCCCAGAGAGAAUCGGCGUGAGCGUGAGCGAGGCGGGGCGGCCGGCUCGCUGAAGCCAGAGGAGUUCCUGGAAAACCAAAGUCAGAGUUCGCUGCUGGGACACAUCUUCAGGAAACACGUCAAACCCAAAAAACAGCACGAGAUCCGCAAGCUGGGCAUGCUGGUGAAAACACUGUGUGAGCGCGCUGAGUGCAGCCGUGUGGUGGACGUGGGCUCCGGACAG